AGCGAAUUCCCCGCUAUAUUAGCAGCUCUCUUCCUCCCUAGGUUAAGUACCUAGGUAGGUACCUGCAAGCAGUGCAGAGAGAAUUCUGAGAAAUGCUGAAACGCUAAUUGGCUACCUGGGUACGAGCUGAUGAUCUCACUACUGAUCUCAUCGAUUAGCAAUUGCGACACCGCGGCGUCAAAGACACGAAAAAGUCCUCCGCCGGCCCUCGUCUUUCGACCUCGACAUCUUCGACCUCACACGGCCGUGUCAGUAGCCCUCUUGCGACGAGAUGGAGUCUUGAUCGCAAGUCGCCCGUACUAGAUUUCAGCCAUCGCCCCCAUCUUCUCGCACGACAAUUAUAUCAGCGUCACAGGGACACCCUCGUACCGAGGAUGGCUGCAUACCGAACCCUAUUGCGCCACGCGCCAUUGGCGUCGAGGUCGAUCCAAAGCCGCCCCGUCCGCGCAACUCUGCAAUGCUCACGAUAUGCCAGCUCGUCUGGAGGAGGCCGCGGAAAGCGUGGUGGUGUCGGCCGAUUUGUGGGGGGUCUGCUGGUCGCCCUCGCAGCUGGAGGAGCUGUGCUCAUGUACCCCGCCAUGACGAAGGAGCCACCCAAGAACACUAUUCGUGAAGCCGUCAUCGAGUACGAGCAGCCGCGGGCUUUGCCUGCCACCAAGGAGGAUAGUAGAGACCUAAUCAGCAGUCAGCAUCUACAGGUGAAGAAGAGCUGGGAACACCCCGGUGUUUAUUGCUGGGGCUCGAAUUCGGGAAGGGUGGCCGCUCCCGACUCGACCGAAUCUGUUAUCAAGACGCCUCGACGAAUCAGCUACUUCGACGACCAGCUCAUACGGGACAUCAAGUUAGACAAAGAAUUCGGUGCCGCUAUUACUGAGCGGGGCGACUUAGUACAAUGGGGCACGGGCUUCUCGAAAGACAACCCUACUCCAAGGCCUACGUUGAAAGGCAAGGAUCUUGUACGUCUAGAGAUCUCGAAGGACCGUAUCAUUGCGCUCGGGAAAGAUGGUUCCGUAUAUUCUUUGCCUGUUGCGCAGGCAGAUCAAAGCACUAGCGGAAAGCCGACUUCAUCCUCGUGGUCUUUCUGGUCAAGCCCCAGCAACGUCAAUUACCGACAGGUGAAGCCUAAUGGGCUGGGUUGGGGCGAGCGUGUUACCAGCAUCGCUGGCGGCCUGGAGCAUGUUCUGCUCCUUACUUCCAAGGGAAGAGUGUUUUCUGCCGCUUCGAGCACAACCAGCUUCCCAUCACAAGGACAGCUUGGAAUACCUGGAUUAAACUGGCACACCCGACCCCAGGGUCCAUUCGACCAGCCACAUGAAAUUCUUACGCUCAAAGGCUUCAAUAUCACUCAAAUCGCCGCUGGUGACUAUCAUUCUCUGGCUCUUGAAAAAGACGGACGAGUAUUCGUCUUUGGCGAUAAUUCUUCAGGGCAGCUAGGUUUUGAACCUGAAAAUGAAAUUCCUUUCGUUGAUGGUCCCAUCCCCCUACCAUUCUCAAAGAUGUAUCGUGGUACGCACCAAAAGCCUCGGGUCACGUCGAUUGCAGCGGGUGGCGCCAAUUCAUUCUUCACUGUCGAUGCGACUCGUAUUGCACGACCGAACGAGGACGAACGAGAAAUCCGUGAUAUAGGCCACGUCACAUCCGAUGUUUGGUCCUGCGGCUCCGGUAUCUGGGGCACAUUGGGCAAUUCGAGGUGGACACACGUGUCCCUCGGCCCGACAAAGAUCAAGAGCUUUUCUGGACUCUCUGAAUACGAUGAAAAGACCAAGUCGGUGGUUCCCAUCCGACUUGCUUACUUCAGUGUGGGCAGUACUCAUGCUGCGGCUGUGAUGAAUAACGUCACAAAUGUCGACGCUUCAGACAGGACCUCAGAUCAGGAUACUAACUGGGGUGCCGAUGUCUUGUGGUGGGGAGGUAACGAAUCCUAUCAGCUCGGAACUGGGAAGCGAAAUAAUGUAGCUACCCCUAUGUACAUUGGGCCUUUAGAUGGUGGGAGGGGCGAUGCAGAAAAAGGACGUGAAAAUGAAAUGCAUCGAUUUCAAAUCGCUCCCAGGGCCACAGUCCGGUUAGGCGAAGGAGGCAAAGGCAGGAAAGCUACAGUCGAGCAACGGGUAGAGUGUGGUCGCCUUGUUUCGUGUGUUUACUCUUCGCCAUGAAAUUGCCGGCAUCUUUCUGGUUGACUGUAUAUCUAUGUACUCUACAAGCUGUAUCAAAGUUGGAACAAUGGGGACCAUGUGUUUGUCUACGAAUGCCAAUUUGGAUGGCUCAAGAAACACUAAAAUUUCUAAGAUCAUUAUGGAUCUGUACAUUACCUAGAUACCCCCCUCAUAAUGCCAACUAUUACACGACGCGAUGGAAUUAUCUGUCUCCA